UAGUUUGUUAUUUAUUUUAAUUACAAAAUGAGGAGAACUUAUAGGUCGAAAAAAGAAACCGGAGGCUGUUUAGAUGCUCGAGAUGUUAUGCUUGCAAUGGACUCUAAGAGCUCUGUAUUUGAUGCUUUUUACAUCAAUAAUAUUAAACAAACGAAACGAGACCUAUCCAUAGGCCCAUCAGUACAAUUUACAGCAUCAAAUAGAGUUCGUAAACGGAAAUAUGUGAAAAGACUUAAAGAACAAGAACCUGUAAUAAGAGAAUCGGGUUCAGCAACUGCGUUUCUAACCCCGGAUAAAUCUUUUCGUGUCAAUAAAGCGCCAGAUUUAUUUGACCAACUUUUGAACUCAACCAUUGAAGGACCAAAAGUGGAAACAAUAAAACAUAUUCCCAAUGGGAGCAUACCGAAAGGAAGAACAUAUUGCAAACACAAAUCAUUAAAAAAGCAAAAAAUUAAUUACUCUAGUGGUGACAGCACAGACUCUGAAAAAGAAAACUCUGUGAGUAGCAUAAAAUAUAACACAACACAAAAUACUUCAGAUGUUCUAAGUCAUAAAUUAUUGAUAGAAAAAGAGUAUGAAAAAAGUCUACAUUGUGAUGAAUCUAUAGCAGAAAUAGUCAAUAAUCUAUCUUUAUUUAAGGAAUCCAAAGAUAAUAUCUCCACAAGCCCUAGAGGUCUAUCUACAAAAUCGAGACAUUCUUGUAGGGUUGAAAUUGCACAGAAUUCUCCUUUAUGUAGUACUCCAUUUCUUGAGAAAUAUAGAGGCAAAUCUAUUUAUAAUUUUUCACCUAUAUCUAUAAAUCUUAAUGAUAGUCCUAAUAGUAAUAAUAUAACGGAAGAACAUCUUGGAAAAAAUAAAGAAGAUAGUAGUGUUAUUCUUGUAAAAGAAGAAGUAGUACCUGAAUUUGAGAAAGUUGAAGAAAUUAAACAAUAUACCUUUAAUGCAAACAAACAAAAGUCUAUUAAUGAUAAUAAUGUACCUCAUGAAUUGCCAUCUUCUCAACUAGCAAAAACUACAUUUAAUACUCCUAAAACAUCUCAUAAUUCUUUAGCUGAACAAAAUUAUAUACUGGAAUCAACAGAAUUAGAACCAUUCUUGGGAUUUUCAAACAGUGAAAUUCCUAACAGUAUGAAACUAAAAUCAAUUUCUAGCAAAUGUAAUCAAUUUGAAAAGGAUAUUUCAAUUACAAAUCCACCUAUUGAAGUAGGCAACAAUUCUAGCUCAAGUUUAAAUGAAACUAAAAUAGAAACAAGUAGUGUUAGAGAAAUUGGAAAUAAUACAAGCACUGAACAAAUUAGUCCUUCUAAUUCCAAUUUGGAAAGUGAUGAAAAUAGAUCUCUUUAUGAUACAUGUAAUAGUGAUGAAUUUGAUGAUGAUGAAGAGACAUAUAAUAAACAAGCUGUAGUUAUUAUUGAAAGACUGAAUGAUUCCAUUUUUAAGAAAUAUUAUGAUAAAAUGCAAUUUUUUUCUGAUCAUAGUAUAAAUGAAACAAAUACUAGUCUGUCUGAUGAUCCUUUUAGUGAUGAAUACGCCAGUCUAGAUGAAAAUAAAUCAGAAAGUGAUAAUGAUAUAUCUAAAUGGAAAAAAAAUUUACAGGAAGACAGUUUAAAUAAAGAAAUGGAUGAGCAAGGCUUAGAUAGUGACAACAGCUCAGAUAGUAAUAAACCUGAAGAGGAAGUUUUUAUGAGUUUUGUAACAACAAGAAGACGUAAUGAAGUAACAAAUGAUUCAUUUAUAUUCAGCUUAGAUAAUUCUAUGACAAGUGGUAGCAGUGGUGAUAUUGAUAAGACUGUAUUAAGUAAAAACAAUGUCAUUGAAUGUGUUCAAGAUAAUGAUGAAACUCUCAUGGAAAAUGGGCCAGUAGAAACAAAUGUAGAAUUUCAGAAUGUUCCUAGUAAUAAUUUAACUGCAAAGGAUGAAAUUGAUGUUAUUGAAAAGUAUACAGAAACUGAAUUCAUACAUUCACCAAAAGCAAAGAAUAAUUGCAUAUCAAUAACAAAUGGCAGUGUUAGUAGGCCAACUUUUAAAACAAGGAAAAGCUCAAAUUCAACAACUAUUAAACCAAGGGUAUCUCUCAAAACAAAUGUAAAUAUUGAUUCUGGUUUAAUCGAUAAAAAAAUUAUGACAAGAAGAAGUUCGAGGUUAAAUAGAGGAAGUUUUGAUAUAAGAAAAUCCUCUUUGAAGCCUGAAUCAAUAUCUCCUAAGAAUAGAACAGGAACAAGAUCAAGAGACUUAACAUUAAGUAAUGCUACCAUGAUUGAUCCGAAACAAGGAAUAGUCUUACAACCAGGGAAGAGAUGGGAAAGAUCUUUAAGUAUAUACAGAAGAAUGACCACCAUGGCUGAUCAUUUUGAUCACUCAAUAUUGGAUGAUGAACCUUUGAAUACUAAAGGCAGGAAAUAUCGUCAAAGUGUGAUCAGUACUAUGGAAAUGCAGGAUCUAUCAGGUAACUGUUCACUACACAAUGAAUCAAUUAAUAGUCGCAGAAGCACAUUUGUGUCUAAACCUAGUAGAUCUACUAUUAGGAUUGUAAGGGAUUCCGAUACUUCCAGGGCAAGCUUAGGCUCCACCUCCGUUUUUGAAGAAUCACAAGGAUUUUUGACCGAAGACUGUGAUGAUACGAUUGUUGAGUUAUCAAAACUCUCGAUUGCCGACUCAGAACACGAGGUCACGGUUUUAGAAAAAUUUCAUGAUACGUCGAAUCGUUUUGCGACCGCGCGCGAUUACGUCUUGCGACGCUGCAAUCAAACAGACGUUAUACUGUUUGAUGAAUGCUAUCCAGAUACAGUCCUGAAGAAUUGCCGCAAGAUCGGCGAGGGUGUAUAUGGGGAGGUAUUCCUGUGGCGAGCGGGAGAUGGCAGAGCUCGUGUUCUAAAAAUUGUUCCUAUAGCUGGCAACAUCAAAGUCAAUGGAGAAAAUCAAAAGGACUACCACGAAAUUAUAUCUGAGAUUGUGAUUGCUAUGGAAUUGAGCGGACUGCGCGCUCCUAUAGCAGAAAUUGAAAAACAUUUUAAUGAGGGGAAGAGUGUCGAAACUUUGGAUUUACAUUCUGUAGAGAAUGCUACAGAUGUUUUUAAUGAGGUUUUAGCAGUGCAUUGUGUUUAUGGUAGCUAUCCAUCCCGUCUUCUUGACCUUUGGGAUCUAUAUGACGAGUGCAAGGGGUCAGAGAACGACAACCCAGCCAUCUUACCCGUUGACCAGCAAUAUAUUGUACUAGAGUUGGCCAACGCUGGUCAAGACUUGGAGAGCUAUCAAUUCACCAACGCUGAACAGGCAUAUGCACUAUUUAAACAGGUCGCAUUCGGUCUAGCAGUUGCCGAGGAGGCUUAUCAAUUCGAACACCGCGAUUUGCACUGGGGUAACGUGCUCAUAUCACCUACUGAUCAGAAGUUCGCGACGUUCGUGGUGCGCGGGCGCGCGUUCCGCGUGGCGCGGCGCGGCGUGGCGGGCGCCGUCAUCGACUACUCGCUGUCGCGCGCGGCGCUGCGGCUGCCGGCCGGCGGGCGCGCCGAGCUCUACAACGACCUGGCCGCGGACGACGGGCUCUUCGACGCCGUGGGCGACUACCAGUUCGAGGUCUACCGCCUCAUGAGGGAGAAGCUCGGUAACGAUUGGAAGAACUUUGAACCGUACACAAACAUCCUCUGGCUGCAUUACACUGUGGAUAAAAUGAUAACGGCCCUUCGUUACACGAGGACUAACACUAAGAUACAUAAACACUACAUUGCCAAGCUGAAGGAAAUAAAGAAUCGAAUCUUGGACUACGGCAGUGCGGUCCAGUACGUUCUCACCGACAACGAAUUGUAAAACGAAUUAUAUUAUUCUAGAUGAACGAAAUUAACCUCAUUCGUAAUUUAAAUGUAUUUUUCAUGUUUAAUAAUUCAAAAUGGGUGACAUAACACUAAGCACUAUUUGCGAUUGUUAUAAAAAUAUUCCUGACAUAAAGAAUUGCAUUAUUAUUAAUGUAUAUAGAAAUAUUUGCUUUGAUAAAUUUGUUGAUGUAGUUGACAUUAAAGGGGUUAUUUAUGAUAUUGUUAUCGCAUUCAUACACAUUCAGCAGAGAGGGGCCUUCUUAAAUAAGGUAGUGCCUUUCAAACAUAAAUACAUAUACUAUAUACUAA